AAGCCCCUGUGCUCCAGUGCACCCGGCAUGAGUUUGAACCAAGAUCCCCAUCCUGUGCCGUGGGGUGCGGGCGCAAAAGCAAAUCACCAAGAGGGUUCCAGAUGGCUGGGACUAAACCCAGGCUGUCUUGAUGGGAGAAAGCCUCCUUUCAGGAGGAUAGGUCCACAUUUUGAAACGGCAUCCUGCGGGGAAUUAUCCCGUUUGUGUGUAAAACGCACAGAGCACGCGGUCGCCUUUCAUCCUUGUGUAGAGGGAAUCCUCUAAAUUUCAGAGAGAGGAAACGGGUGAAGAAGGACAAAGACGUGAUGGGGAUCAAAACCCAGGUGUCUUGCCGUAGAGUGCCGCCCUCUCCGCGCCGGUGGCGCCGGCCCGGAGCCCUACCCGGGGCCAGGUGAGGGCUCUCCCCGCUUCCCGUCGCGGUGGCCGAGAUGCCCCCCACCUGGGGCUUCUAGAAGGCUGAGGGGGGAGGAAAUCCCAGCUGCGGGGGCGGGACUCGAGCGCGCUGGCGAUUGGCUCGGGACGGCGGGGGCGGUCAAGGCCGGGGGCGGACGUGGGUGGGAAGAGCGCCGCCGCCCCGCGCGCCCCCGCUGCCGCGUCCCACCCGGGUGAGUGCACGCGGGCGCCGAGCGCGGGGCCGCGCGCCCAACAUGAACGCCAGCGGCCCGGGCUACCCGCUCGCCUCGCUCUACGUGGGCGAUCUGCACCCGGACGUGACCGAGGCCAUGCUCUACGAGAAGUUCUCGCCCGCUGGCCCCAUCCUGUCCAUCCGCGUGUGCCGCGACGUGGCCACGCGCCGCUCGCUGGGUUACGCCUACAUCAACUUCCAGCAGCCCGCGGACGCGGAGCGGGCACUGGACACCAUGAACUUUGAGGUGAUCAAAGGCCAGCCCAUCCGCAUCAUGUGGUCCCACCGAGACCCAGGACUUCGUAAGUCAGGUGUGGGCAACAUCUUCAUCAAGAACCUGGAGGACUCCAUUGAUAACAAGGCCUUGUACGACACCUUCUCCACCUUUGGGAACAUCCUGUCUUGUAAGGUGGUGUGUGAUGAGCAUGGCUCCCGCGGCUUCGGCUUUGUGCAUUUUGAGACCCAUGAGGCUGCGCAGAAUGCCAUCAGCACCAUGAACGGAAUGCUGCUGAAUGACCGCAAAGUCUUCGUUGGCCACUUCAAGUCCCGACGGGAGCGGGAGGUGGAGCUGGGCGCUCGGGCCAUGGAGUUCACCAACAUCUACGUGAAGAACCUCCACGUGGACGUGGACGAGCAGCGCCUGCAGGACCUCUUCUCCCAGUUUGGGAAGAUGCUGAGUGUCAAGGUGAUGAGGGAUGACAGCGGCCACUCCCGCGGCUUUGGCUUUGUCAACUUCGAGAAGCAUGAGGAAGCCCAGAAGGCUGUGGUGAACAUGAACGGGAGGGAGGUGAGCGGGCGGCUGCUCUACGUGGGCCGGGCCCAGAAGCGGGUGGAGCGGCAGAAUGAGCUGAAGCGCAGGUUCGAGCAGAUGAAGCAGGACCGGCUGACCCGUUACCAGGGCGUCAACUUGUAUGUGAAGAACCUGGAUGACUCCAUAGAUGAUGAGAAACUGAGGAAAGAGUUCUCUCCCUAUGGAGUGAUCACCAGUGCCAAGGUGAUGACAGAGGGUGGCCACAGCAAAGGGUUUGGCUUUGUGUGUUUUUCCUCUCCAGAAGAGGCGACCAAGGCCGUGACAGAGAUGAAUGGGCGCAUCGUGGGCACCAAGCCACUGUACGUGGCACUGGCCCAGCGCAAGGAAGAGCGGAAGGCCAUCCUGACCAACCAGUACAUGCAGCGCCUCUCCACCAUGCGGGCCCUGGGCGGCCCCAUCCUGGGCUCCUUCCAGCAGCCUGCCAGCUACUUCCUGCCCGCUGUGCCCCAGCCUCCAGCUCAGGCUCCGUACUAUGGCUCUGGCCCACCCAUCCAGCCUGCCCCCAGGUGGACGGCUCAGCCACCCAGACCGUCAUCCGCUUACCCACCCGGGGCCUCGGUGGUCCGGCCAGCAGCCAUGUCUCGGCGCCCCUUGACCCCCGUUGGAAGCUCCAGGCAGGUCUCCACCCACGUGCCACACCUGGUGCCCCACACCCAGCGAGUGGCCAACAUUGGUACCCAGACCACAGGACCCACUGUGAUGGGAUGCUCUACCCCUAGCAGGCCUCUCCUGACACACACAUACUCCACGCCAGCACACCGCGCUGACAGGGUCCAGGAGCCCGCCGUGCACAUCCCCGGACAGGAGCCCCUGACCGCGUCCAUGCUGGCUGCAGCACCGCUGCACGAGCAGAAGCAGAUGAUCGGGAUGCCCGGCUUUCCACCAGGUGUGUGCCUAAGCCUCAGAGGCUGUUCUGUACAGGUGAGCGUCUCUUCCCCCUUGUCUACAACGUCCACGCCCACUUGGCCGGCAAGAUCACGGGCAUGCUGCUGGAGAUUGACAACUCGGAGCUGCUGCUCAUGCUGGAGUCCCCAGAGUCCCUCAACGCCAAGGUCGAAGAGGCUCUGGCAGUGCUGCAGGCCCACCAGGCCACGGAGCACAUGCAAGGAGUGAACCUGCGCUGAGACCAGAAAAUGGAAUCCUCACUCCCUUGGCCGAGAAACAGCGUUUUCUGCUCGUCUCUACGGCCCUGAGUCGUGACUUCCCUAUUGGGGUGUAUCUGUACUUGGGCUUUUUGUGGAGUGAAGGCUGGUCACCCAGCCAACCUCUUGCCUGUUGCUUUAUGUAUUAAAAGUGCUGCAAACUUCA